AUGGUUCAUGGCUUGCUGCAGCCGAAGCAAAUCGAAUCCUUAGAAAAAGCGUAUUCCCAACUUGAGGUUCCGAACGCACGUGUGCAGGUGAACCAAGAUCACGACGGAGUUACCACAUUCUACUUCAACGCCGGCGCUGGUACGGAUACGAACGGUUGCAUAUUUCAAACCCACAGUGCCUCGACCACGGCCUCGAUACUCCAUAUGGCGCAGACAAACGGGGCCGAGAUCCAGCAGGCAAAUGUCGACGUUCUCAGCGCAAAGGCCAAUGUGAAGGUAGAAACGGUGGCUGGUGUUCUAGUUUAUUAUGGAGCUGACGCAGGAGUGUACCUCGCCGACGCUGAAGCCGGUCCUUUUCACGGCACUCUUGGGUUAGCUGCAGACACUAAGAUAGGAUGCAGAGAUCAGUCAGUUGGAUGGAAGGUGCUGGGUUGCGGAGUGAGGGUAGGAAGGGUCUACAAAAUCUCGGCCUUGGGCAGUGGCUUUGGAAUUGACUUUCGGAAGUUUAAAUGGCGGUGA